AUGGCUGUCAUUAAUCAACCAAAUAGUCAAAUAAAGCUAACCAAUGUUUCUCUUGUGAGAAUGAAAAAGGGGAAAAAGAGGUUUGAAAUAGCUUGUUAUCAAAACAAAGUUCAAGACUGGAGACUGAAAGUCGAAAAAGAUCUCGACGAAGUUUUACAAAUUCCCCAAGUGUUUAUCAAUGUAUCCAAGGGACAAGUUGCAAAUAAUGACGAUUUACAACAAGCGUUCAAUACCACAAACCAGGAUGUCAUUAUACAAGAAAUUCUAAAUAAGGGCGAGAUUCAAUUAAAUGAAAAGGAGAGAAAUGCCAAUUUGCAACAGAAACAGAAUGAGUUUUUGACCAUCAUAUCUACUAAGUGUAUAAAUCCAAGGUCGAAAAAGAGAUACCCGCCAUCAAUGAUCGACAAGGCAUUAAAUGAGUUGAAGUUCCAUUUGAAUCCAACAAAGACAACCAAGACUCAAGCUUUGGAUGCAAUUAAGCUCUUGGUUGAAAAACAAAUCAUACCCAUUGCCAGAGCUCAAAUGAAAGUGAGAAUACUCUUAACCAAGAAAGGAUAUCAAAAAGCAUAUGAGGAGGAAAUAAAGCCCAAGAUCGAUCACUUGGACGAACUUGAAAACAAUGGGAAGCAGUACGAAGUCGUGGGUAUUAUCGAUCCCAUCAAUUACAAAGCUCUUGUGGAGGUGUUGGAAGGUAAAGAUUUGAAAAAUGAAGGAUCUAUAGAGGUCUUAGAUAUGUCAGCGACAAAAGAGUAA